CUUCCACGUCUUCUCCGGAAUGUGGAAGGCGCCGGCUGAGCGGUGCUUUAUGUGGAUGGGUGGUUUCCGGCCGUCAGUGGUCAUCAAGGUAGCGUUGGAUGAGAUGAAGGGCUUGACGGAGCAGCAACGGGUGGCGCUUUGUUGGCUGCAGCGGUCGACCGACAAAGCGGAAGAGGCGAUUACUCAUGGGUUUGAGAUGUUGGAUCGAUCUCUGACCCGAACCAUCGUCGGUGGCACUCUCACUGUGCCACCAGAUCUGAAAACUUACAUGACACAAAUGUCUAUUGCCACUAAACAAGUCUCUGCUCUCCAUGGCGUUGUCACACAGGUGAUAGCUUGAGGCAGCGAACCCUUCGCCAGCUGCCUCUGUAUCUGACGAACCGCCAAGCCGCUCAGUGUUUUCUGAUCAUCGAAGAGUACUUCAACCGCCUCCACUCCCUCAGCACUCUCUGGCUCAACCGCACCCGCCACGAAUAAAGGCGGCAAUGGAGAAAUUGCUCUAUUGAAAAAACAUUUGAUACAAAAAAAAAAAAAUUUGAAUUUUUUUUU